UGCUAUUUGUCCAGAGGAAAAGUCAAAGUAACUGUAAACAAAUGGAUUUUUUUGUUUUUGUUUUCUGUUCUUAACAGAUUUUGGUUUAUGAAUCUUUAACUAUUUCUGGACAUACAGUUUACUCUAUGGUUAAUUUUACCAGUUUUAUUAUUGUGAUGCAUUGACCAAUAGGAUUGGUAUCAUCUUUGUGAGGCUUCUGCCCUGUAACCUAAACUAUUCUUUCACUUUGUUCCAUUUCUGUUCAUCUUUUUCCUUUUCUUAAUCAACUUUAUCUAAAUUACGAUUCAAAAUGAUGAAUAUUGAUGGUCGUAGUGUUGAACGUUAUUCUCACUGUUUGUGUCUUCAUGUUCAACCAACCUCGCUUAUUAUUGGUUUCAUUCAUUUGAUUUCAUCUCUGUUGAACAUCGUUCUUCAUUUCGAGGAUUACACUCAAUACCACGAUGAGGAGAAACGUAUGGUUGAUCUCCAUCGAUCCACAGCAAACUCCUUAAACAUGAUGGUUAGCCUGAUGAUGGCCAUUGUAUCGGCCUUGUUAAUCUAUGGAGUAACCAAAUCACGUCCAUCUUACUUGAUGCCCUUCUUUGGAAUCAAAUUGUACAUCUUUUUCUUCUCUCUUCCGGCAUCCAUUUCAAUGCUCUGUUUUUCACCUCACCUUUCAUCUCAAUAUGAUUCCAGUGGGCGAACCUGGGGAAGUGAAAUGAAGCGUCUCUGGUCAUCGUCUGAUCCCACCACUGCAUACACUUCCUCCAUUUUCAUGGCACUCAUUGAAUUCCUCUAUCAAUUAUAUUUCAUAUGCGUUAUUUGGAAAUGUUAUCGUUAUUUAAAGCUUAAAGAGUCGGUCAUUCCCUUACACAUACCUUACCAUCUUAGAGGGGUUGAAAUAACUGUUCCUUCUGAGAUUGUCACAACACCUAGUGCUAUGGCUCCACCCGACUAUGAGACUGCAACAAAAUUGAAUCCACCACCUGAUUAUGAAUCAGCUCUUAAAAACUAUCAAAUGAUGCCUGGUCCUGUUCAGGUUACCGUAACUGAACCAGUGGAAUCAUGCAGGGAAAAUGGAGACAGCAAUGAUAAAAAUAAUGUCACUGAACUACCUCGAUCCGGAUCAUGGUGUGAUGAAUCCAAGGCCUCGGAAAAGAGCGAUGAAAAGAGUACAACAAGCGAUGCUAGUCAUUUAAACGAUUCAAGUUCCCAUAAUAACAUUCACUGUGAUGCAGCCAACAAAACGGAACAAAAUAUUAGCAAAAGUUCACGAGAUGAUCCCGGUGCUAACGAAAGUUAAUCUCACUAAUUUAAUUACUUGUUCACUUAAGGAAUCAAGUCUUCUCUCCACCUGUUUCAUCGUCAUCAUCAUCUCCCAUUCACUCAAAUUCAUCUUCCUUAGUUUCCCUACUUACCUAACUUUCCCUUUUCCUUCCUCUAUCUUUUUCCUCUUGGUUUAGAGGAUAAAUUAAUGGCAAGAGGAAUCAACAAAACCAGAGUUUCCUUUAAUCAUCCAACGAAACUCGAAAGGUUUCAUCAACUUACGAUUUCAAGUACACUUAAUUGUUUUCAGCCGAUUCACACUAUUCAAGUAGAGUCAAACAUUUAUCACUACUCUUCUGGCAAAGGGGAGGAUAAAGAUGACAACCUAAACUCUAGUUUCUGCCUUAGAGACCAUUUUAUUCAAGCUAUUAUUCAGAGGAACUGGAAAAAUGUUGAUUUUAAAUUAUAGCAGAAUUGCUUGAAUCAGUAUCAUGUACAGAAGCAAAUAAAUGUAUAAGUUUUAUGCGAUGUGAGAUAUUUGAGAAAAAUAUUUCAUCAAAAUCAACUUUUACCCUGAAAGCUUUUAUUCAGCAAAUAAACAAACAAACAUUGUUUCUUUAUUUAAUUCAGAGGAAAAGUGAAAGCUAAUUUAACUAUUAUUUUAAUUAUGUAUAUUUUUUAAUUUAUGCAUCACUAUUCAAAGGUUCAUCGUGGUUCAACAAAAACUCAUUGUUAAUUAUUCUAGUCUGUUUACCGAUGACAACCAAUAUAAAAAGGUACUUCUAUGUAAAUAAAGAUGAUCACUAAAUUAAAAAUAAAA